AUGGGCUCGACCCACCUCUAGCCUGACUUGGGUCUGUCAGUGGCCUGUGACGUACAGGGCGGGGCGGGAGGCUAGGUACGGCGACAACAGGGGCGUCCGGUCUUCUCUGUCGCUAGGAAGCAGGCAACCGGAGGGAAGAUGGUUUACAUCUCGAAUGGUCAGGUGUUGGACAGCAGGAAUCAGUCCCCAUGGAGAGUGUCUUUCCUAACAGACUUCUUCUGGGGAAUAGCAGAAUUCGUGGUUUUCUUUUUCAAAACUCUGCUUCAGCAAGAUGUGAAGAAAAGAAGAGGCUACGGGAGCUCCUCUGAUUCCAGAUACGACGAUGGAAGAGGGCCACCAGGAAACCCUCCACGAAGAAUGGGUAGGAUCAGUCACCUUCGUGGCCCCAGCCCUCCUCCAAUGGCUGGUGGAUGAGGAAGGUAAAUGUCUGCUCUGAGAAGCAGACAACUAGACAUACACACGUGUAGAAGGAAGCCAUCAAGCGGUGAAGAGCGGCUCGUGCAGGAGAAGAUGGUGUAUGUCCAAACAAGGAUUGCUCUGUGUCCCCACAGAUGAAUGAGGUCAUGCUGGGAAUUCCCUCUGCAGGAUCUAGCCUGACUGAUACGCAGUUCUAUAAAUGUACAUGUUUGUCUCCUUAUCUUUUUUUUGUAUAGUUUACUAAAGUAUUAAUAUAGUUUUAAGAAGUAAAUAUUUCUAGGUUGCAAAACUUAAUUGUUCGUCUUUAUAUGAUCAUACCCAAAAUCUUUGAUCCGGAAGAAAUAAAGGCCAUGUAUUUAGUCCUGGAGUUUUGUUUGGUUGGUUUUGUUUGAUUGGUUUUGUUUUUGUCUGGCUUUUCCAAGCCAUCACCCCCUUCUCCAGUGUAUAUAGUUCUGUUAAUUUUGCCUUUUCUCAGCUUUUGAAAUACUGCUCACUGUUACUUUGCUCUCAUUUAUAAAUAAACCAAAACAUAAUUAUUUCAGUAGUACAUGUAAAUUUGCUUUUGAAUUUUUAAUCUUUAAUAUACUUACUUUGUAAAUGC